CGACAUCGCCAGCAGCAGUUUCAGUUGACUCUUCCACACGCAACGGGCCAGUCGGAGGCGACGCUUGACGACGCGGACCCAGCUCGGACGCCGACUCAGACUCAGAUACGGCUCUGCUUCUGCUCUACGCUCAACGCUUCACUCUACACUCAAUCUGCUUUCCCCCAUCCAGUCACUCAGUCUCGUCUAUCUGUCGGUUCGUUGUGUGUUUGCCAAGUUUACACUUUCCGACAAAAGCGAAUGGCAAAAGCAAUCAGCAAACACCAAGACAGAGUCCCAUAGGCCCAGUCAAGGUGUGUUAAUAUAAGUUACACACAAGUGGUGCAAAAAGCAGUGGCUUCAGCCGGAAAGCAUUGUGCAGCUCCCACACGCCGCCGCCAAGUUCAAAAUCAACGCCUGACAAUGACAGCUGCAUCGACGUGGCUGCGGCCACUAGGCCAAGCAGAGACUGAGGCAGAGACCGAGCCAGCUGCAGCACCAGCAUCAUCUGUACUGGCAGCAGAAGCGACUCCAAUCAAAACAACAAGAGCAACAAGGAUAGCGCCAACUAUUACAAAAGCGGCAACAAGAGAGAAAAGCAGCAGAACAAUCAAUGGGCUCGACACGACAAGGCGAAGUCGUCAACGAGGCUGCACCCAAUGGAAGGUGGUGGGAGCGGGUAUAGGCGUCAGCCUAUGCCUGGGAGAGAGGACGAUGCCAACGGUGACGUCGCUGUGGCUGCUGCCAUCGAAUGCGACAUCUUGGCUGCUGUUAGCCCUCCUCUGCCUGCUCGGCUGCCUCUGCCCCUUCACAGAUGCUUUGGAGGAGGACUGUGUUGACUUUCAGGGCAAUAAGGUCAACCACGGUAUGCUGUACGUGCCCGGGCCCGGUGUGUGCAGCCUGUGCGUCUGCUAUCACUCCGAACCACUCUGGUGCAAGGCCAUCUACUGUGAUCCGCCCUACUUUUGCAAAAACUUUCGAGUUGGUGAACGUUGCUGUGAAUUCGAGUGCCUUGAUCCCCCCGGCGAGGAUAAGCUGUAUCAGGAGCGCAUGCGGAAACGGGCUGAGAUAUUGGCUGGCAACAGCACCGCCACGAACGUGAGGCUGGCCCCGUUGGCCAUGUCCUCUAUAAUGCUCGGAUUCCUCGGCAACAGCUUGCUCAACUUAUAACUUGAAGAAAAACAGCCAGCGGGCAGCAGCAGCAGAUAGAGAUUCUGAGUUUAGAGAUUAGAGAUUAGAGUUUUAGCUAAAUCAAUUUUUAAAAGAACUCCCAAGAAUGAACUUGAAGUUCAGAUUCCCUCAUUUUCGUUGCUCCUAAAAAACCUCGUAGAGCUCUCAGACAACUUAUUACAAUGUAAUAGACAAAACCAAACAAGUUAUAGAGAUAAACAUACACAUAUACUAUAUACAUAUAUAUAUAUAUUUAUAUAUAUGUAUAUAGGUGUAUCCUUAUAGAUGCACAGAAGUGCCGUCGAGACGUAGGUUUUCAACUUAUAUCCCCCAGACUUAUAUAGGUACAAUAAUAAUCAUUUUCGGAUGCACACCGAGAACCUAACCAAAACCCAACCCUCUUUCAUCUCUCCUCGCCCAAAAGCAAUUGCAGUGUGAUCCAAAUCGAUAGGUAGAGGCCAGAGCAGAGCAGAUUUCUAGCAUAUAACAUAGACAUUUACUUAUUUACACAUUGGAAGAAAGGAAGCAACACAAAGAAACCAGAACAAACUCAUCAAGCGAACGAAUAAGACAACCUCUAGCACGUAAGAUCCGAAUAGUAAGCGAAUAUAUAUACCGAGGGAUAUGGACAUGGAUAUCUAUCUAUAGUACAUAUGUAUAUCGUAAGCAUAUUGUACAUACACAUGAGGAUAUAGCUCUGUGUAUCGGAAACGUUGUUGAUUAGUGUUUAGGCAACUAAAUGGAAAAGGAAUCAUUGGAAGGGAAGAACCAUUUGUUCUUUUUUUUAUAUCAUAUUGUACUCCUUACAUACAGCCAUACACAUCCCCCCACCCCCCACUUUUGCGCUUAGAAAACGUAUUUUUUUCAUCUCGAAAUUAUAAUACUUAGAUGUAAAAGAGAUUUAGUGGGUAAUCCUAAUAUCUUAUUGAAAUUUGGUAAUGGAAUGUUGAAAGUCCACAUCUCUAGAUGAUUUUUCCUACAAAAACUGUAGUUAAUUACACAUAUCUUGGCAACAUUUUUUCCAAAUAUAUUAAACAAAUCAAAGAGACACCAACCAACACGAACAUGAAACACGUCAGAGUGAAUGAAUCAUUAUCUUGCAUUGGUGCUAAUUUUAUCGUAGGCUAAAGACACAUAGACAUACAGACGAGACACAGACCGCAGCACAUCACAGCACGUACGUCACACUCAAUCACAAAUUGAAUCAAAUUCUAUAUAUACUUAUAUCAAUUAGCUAAUAGGAUGGGAAUAAAUAGGUAGUAGUACGAAUCCUUGCGUUGUGUAUAAGAAAAAUUGCCCAAGGUAAAGAGCUGUUGAGCGUCCAAUAGUAAAUCGAUAAAAACUAUGUUUGUAUGUAUGUAUCUAUGUAUAUUUUGUGUUCUCCCAUUAAUUGGUUUUCUUAUUGUUAAAAUAAAUCAAGUGCAUAAUCAGAGAAGGCAAAGCUUAAUAGAUAAGUACUAUAGGGAGACCGACCCCCCACUUUCAGAUCGAAUCCGUAUCGAAUAGAUUUCGUUUCACUCAAACAAAUUUGGGCUAAAGACUUUGCAAGCCCACACCGUCUCUUUCACUUAUAUAUAUAGUGGCUAUUUGUACACCUAGGUAAUACUUUCUGUACACAUAGCUUGUGUUUAAAUUUUGAGAUAUAGCAGGACCAGCAAACAAAACCUUUAAUCACCAGCAGAAAAAUCUCGAAUCGAAGCGGUAAUCAUAAAAUAUGUAACCUAUUAAAAAUCGGGGGAGAUACUUACACGUAUCUCGUAUUAUCAAAACCUUUCAGUUAUUGGAAGGACUACCCGAACGGGAUGUAAUCGUAGAAAAGCAACAAUGGGAAAAACAUUAAGAGGAGUACGGCUGUGACAUUUUGUUUGCUUCCAAAUGCGUAAACACAACUGUAAAUAAAAAUAAAUAUAUGUACUUAUGAUCGGGAAUAUAUAGACGAUAUGUGAAGGUAUGAUAAAACUACAGUGGAAAUAGAAACGAAAAUGGAAAAGAAUAAUUAACUAAUCAACUUAAUGUACAACUCAAUAAUGCCACAACAUCUGACCAAUUAUGCAAGCGUAUAUGAUAUACUGAUAUAUACACCACAACACAUUUACAUAUAUACAUAUAAAAAACUGAUCCAUACCAGAUAUGUAUAUAUAUAUAUAUAUAUACAAUAAAUAUAUAUAUAUAUAUAUAUCAAUCCAAGUAUUUUCUAAGAAAAAUUACAAAUUUUAAUUACGGAUAAACCAGAAUGAGAACAAGAACGAGAACGGAAAGGACAAGGCGAGCGAAUAUGAAAGGCGCUUAACAAAUUUUAACGCAGACUCCAAUAAAAAAUGCAAAUUGGCUUUAAUUAACAAUAAAACAAUUAACAAACUAAUAAAUAACUAACGAAUCACACCAAUAAUAUCUAAUGAGAAUAUCUAGAUGACAUACAUAUUUGAUUACUAUUAUAAUUUUUUUUUUCACUUUACAUAGCAGUGUGUUGUGAAACAACGGCAAGGAAGAAAGGAAGUCAGAAAUCAGCUUAAGUCCAUGCCAUCCCAAGGAAAUGUAUUUUUUUUACAAAUAAAGAUAAAUACAGGAUAGCAGGAUAUACAUUCAGAUGUGAUCUAUUUGGUGCGAAAAGUUGUACCCCGCUAGUAAUUGAGAAGUUCUGUCUGUUUUUUCCUCUGAAUACCUAGAUCUCUUCAAGUCGGAGAGUGAGAAUUAAAGACUUUCUUUGGACGCCAGUAUUUCAGAAAUUUCCUUUUAGGAUUAGAUAUCCAGCUCCUCGAGGCAACCGCCAAGGCUAUUCGUUAUUAUUCAGAUAUAUUAAUAUAGAACAGGAAAUACUUUCAAUCUCGUAAUCCUUACCAAGAAAAACCAAAAACCAAAAUCGAAUCAAUAACAAAACAACUACCAAGCUUGAAAAAAAACUUUUAAAGUAAUCUAAAUCAAAGUUCUAACAGAAGAUUAUAAAGAAAAAUCUUUGAAAUAAUAAUAAAAAUCACCAAAAGUUUAUGGAUAAUUUAGCAGAGCAGGUGGAAAAUCCAGAAGCAUGUAUGCAUACAAAUAUUCAUAAAUAUUUCCAAAAUACAAGAAAAAUUUUAACAAUAAACAAAUAUUUUCACAAUAGCUUAAACAA